AUGACUGAUUAUGUGCUCACUUUUACUAAGGAUGUGUUCCAUGGUGUGACUAUAAAGUCGAGCAUCAGCUUCGAAAAGGAUUUUAAUAAUGUUAAUCCGACUCCGGAAGAAGCGACCAAGUGGCUCGAGGCUUCUUUGGAAUUCUUCAAAGGACAAAGCUUUAACGGCGUCUGGUUUGAUGUGGAUUUGAAGGUAAAUCGGGUAAUAAAUAGUAAUCAGAAUGGGUUUAGCAUGGAUAUUGGAUCACCAUCUUGGCUGAUCAUGGGUUUACCUUCCAUCACGCGCGUGAUGACAAAUGUACGAUGACUAAAUGGCUACCGGAGGACAAGCCGAACACGCUCCCUUUGUAAGAAUUUCUAUUUACUGUUUGUAGGUUGUGAUGACUUAUGUAUGAAUUCUGAAAGGCUUCUGGCUGAAGUGUAUACAGCAAGCAACGCAAUAAAAUAGCUUUAAAACAUGAUUUUAGAUAUCCCUUCACAACCCUCGGUGUGGGUGGUGUGGUGAUCAAUAAGAAAGGUGAAAUUUUGUUGAUGAAAGAGAAACGAGGGUCGUAUCUUGGCUGGAAAUUCCCCGGAGGUAUGGCUGAUCCCAACGAGAGUAUCCCCGCAGCCGUUGAGAGGGAAGUCUUUGAAGAAACCGGAGUUAAAGCCAAAUUCAGUAAUGUGCUGACAUUCAGGUAUACUGUAGUCCAAUUCGACACCCCAACUUCUUUUACAGACACAUUUCGAGUGGUGGAUUCUAUCCCAAGUCCGGCGACAUCUACUUCCUUUGUGUUAUGAGACCAGAAGAUGAGGAGAAAAUUGAUAUUGUACCAUGUGAACGGGAGACGGCGGCGGCUCUUUGGAUGACAAGGUAAGACAUAAUAGCUUUCGAUUAUACCUUUGUGGAAGAUUAAGCGUAUGUGUGAUGUCAUCUUUCUUGCAGGGACGCGAUCUCCUCCCUCCCGGUCGAAGAAAUCCACAAUUUCCAUCUACUGAUCUUGGAGCGUUUGGAUAAAUUCCUUGCGGCCGAACGGAAAGGGUGUUACGUCGAGAAGUUUUCGGCCAAAAUCGGCUCUUAUAAGAGAGAAUGGGACAUGUUUUUGAUAGACUGA